GGAUCAUGGCACCGAAGAGGAAGCAGCCAGCAAAACGUCGCAGAAAGACGGACAGCACUGAAAAGGUACAAGAGCCACCAGUUAAAGAUGAUCCCAAGCCAGAAAAUAGACUGCUCAGUAAGAUGAAGAAUAUCAUGGACUCAGUACAGAAGGGAUACACUCACCAGGCUAAAAAUAUAGAGAAACUGUGGGAGCUAAAGCAAGCAACCGAAGAAGGAGACGAUAUAUUCUUCAACAACUUCUGGUACCUCCUCCAACACGCCUGUCUGAUAUCAGCACGUGAAGCACCCACUGAACGCGUCAUCCAGUUCUGCUGCAAGUUUGCUAUCCGCGCUGACUUGGACCGGGAGACGUUCACAGACGCGGAGGUGUCCCAGACGGGACCGUUCGCUGUGAAACUGUUCAGUACAGCACUGAAGUACCAUAAUGCUAACAACAAGGCUGUUAGGUUUAGACUGUGUCAGAUUGUUAACUCUGUUUUAACGGCUCUAGGUGGAGAUGCGGAGAUAGACGAGGAUCUGUUUAACCAGAUCUACACGUGCAUGUUAGAGAGACUAAAAGAUAAGGUUCCUGGAGUUAGAGUUCAGGCUGUUAACACUCUCAAUCGACUUCAGGACCCAUCUGACCCAGAUUGUCCUGUUAUAAAAGGUUAUCACACUAUAAUGAAGACUGACGGAGUGGCUGAAGUAAGACGAGCUGCUGUCAAGGCAAUAGCUGUUAACUCAAUGUCCCUACUCCCGAUAAUUGAGAGAACACGUGAUACAAACCCAGGUGUACGCCGUGCUGCGUACGAGGUACUUGUUGAGAAGAUCAGUAUCAGAGCUAUGAAGAUCUCAUACCGGAUGAAGGUUCUAGAAUCUGGAUUACGUGACCGUAGUGCAGCUGUAAAGGAGGCCUGUAUCUCCCUCAUUAAAAAGUGGGUAUCCUACUACAACAACGACAUUAUCAAGCUCCUCAAAGCUCUAGAUGUGGAGGGUAAAGUGGAUCUGUGUGGGGAGGUGGUCACUGAGAUACUGAACCAUGUUCAUAUUGAUUCAGCUAGCGAGUGUUUACUUAGUAGGAUUGAAAAUAAAGUGAUACCAACGGAUCAGCUUACUUGUGAGAGUGUGUUUUAUUGGCGGUGUAUUGUGGCACAUACCUCAACCAACCAACCCGAUAUGUAUGAACAAAUCAUGCCGACUCUCUCUGAAUAUUCCCAUUACCUCAAGGAUUAUGUUGUGAAGGCUAGUUCCAUCUCAUCUGAAGAUUAUGAUGCGCACUAUCAAGCUUCGUACGUGAUCCAGGAGCUGAUUAAAAUGGCAAAACUAGCAGAUAUGUCCGAUGAAGCAGGGCGCAAGAAUCUUAUAACUGUCACAAAGUUUAUCAUCUGUGAGCGGAAAUCACUGUUCAAGUCAUCAAUAGAGAGAUUAGUUGAGCUAUACUGUCUAGCAGAAAUGAAUGAACAAACAAGAAUCAAAACAGUUGCUGAAAUUAUCACCGACAUAAGGAAUCCGCUCGAAGGAGCUACUCAGUUCAACCUCGACCAGAUCGAAUCUUGUGAAAAGAAUGACCCAGUUACAAUGAUACGAUGCCUGACAAUGGUAUCCGGACUGAUACAAGGUGUGAAAUGUGAUGUUGCCUUCGACCCAACCCUAACUGUGCUACUGGAUGAUUUGGUGAUGACGGGGGUGGUAUCACAUAAUGAGAUUGUACGGCACCUCUCAAUCAAAUCCCUGGGCUUGUCUUGUAUCCUCAGCAAAACUCUGGCCAAGAAGUAUCUCGUUUUAUUCUUACAGAUAGUGAUGGUUGAUAACUAUGCUGAGAUCUUGGAGACAUCUUUAAAAAUCAUCUUUGAUUUGUUUUUGGUGUUCGGUAUCGAAGCUUUUGCUGAAGAAGAUAAAAAGGAGCAGAAAAAGGAGCAGAAUGGAGAGCAGGAUACAAUGUCAGAGAACAGCCAAAGCACAUUGAUAGACAGCAGUCAGGAAGACAUCCUUUCCAGUAAACUUGAGAAUACCAAGAUUGAGGACCCUGAAAACCCUCUUGGAGAGGUUGAUAAGAAGGAAGUUGACUCGUUUGCCGAUCGUAUCAUAGCAAGAUUCAAAGAGUUCCUUGACGACGAGGUGCUUCAGAGUGUUGCAGCGGAGGGUAUCGCUAAACUCAUGUAUAACCGGAGACUGGUAGACGCCCAGUUGUUCUCCCGGCUGUUGUUGUUGUGGUAUAAUCCCACCACAGAGGGGGACCCUCUCAGACAUUGUCUGGGGAUGUUCUUCAGCACUCUCGGGGCUGGAAAUGACGAACUGCUGGAUGUGGUAGAACAAGCCUUCUUCCCAACACUAGAGACGAUCUGUGAUGCUCCCCACACCUCCCCUCUACUUGAGAUAAACCCUGCCAAUGUUGCUGAGCUCUUACUUUCUCUUCUCAGGGGUCGGCACCACGAGCAGAUAGCAAUCAAAAUGUGUAACGAGAUCCUGGUCAGCCCCACCUCACCGUACGGUCGAUGUCUGAUAAAAGUACUGCCCCACUGUGGAGUAGCUGGGGGUGACCAGACUAACCUCAAACUUAUCAACUCUCUUGUCGAGCAGAUCAUCGAUGAGGUCAAUCACGUGAGCACGAAGAGGUCUCUGAGCUCCUUCUCUGUGAGAAUCAGUAGUUUUAUCACACCACCAGUAGAGGAGGAGCAGGAUAAGGAGAACCAGGAGAACGGAGGAAACGGAGGGAGUAAGGAGAUCCUAGACAAACUGUCUCAGUCAACUCAGGGAUCUGAUAGGAGUAGUACGAGGAGAAAAGCCCUGUUUGCAACACCUUCUCAACCUCUCGACCUACUUGACACUAUAACAUAGCGGGAGUCUAAACAAUCCAGCACACUGCUGAUUAAAUCUGUUCUUCCUAAGACUCUAGACUUUUCCGAUCGGGG